AUGAUAAAAGUUCGUUUAAAUGCGUCAACAUUCGUCUUAAUUCUGUCAUUGAUUAAUUUUAUUACAGCAAAGCAAAAUGAUCCUGGACAAUUUUUAAUUGGUGCUGAAAUUUAUGAUAUAACUGGACAAGUUGCAGAAAUUGGUUUUAUGGGUUAUGCAGUUCCAAAACAACGAGACCAUGGUUUAUUACAACGAAUGCAUUCUCGUGCAUUUAUAAUAGGUGGUGUUAAUAACGAAGAAAAUCGUGUCGUUUAUGUAUCAGCUGAUAAUGGUAUGGCAUUUCAAAUCGUUAAAACAGAAGUUAUUGAUCGUUUAAAUAAAACAUUUGGACCAAAUUUAUACACUGAUAAAAAUGUUUUAAUAUCUGGUACACAUACGCAUUCAACACCUGGUGGAACAGAUGGUACUGCUCUUGUUGAUAUUACAACAUUAGGUUUUGUUAAAGAAAAUUGGGAAGCAUGUGUGAAUGGUAUUGUUCAAUCCAUAAUACAUGCGCAUAAAAAUCUUUAA